UGAGUCAUUUCGAAAAGUCGCGAAUUGUAAGAUCUUCUUCUCUAUUGUUUCGCUCUAGUUUUGCUUUCAAAUCCAGCACCAUGUCUGGAACAUCAGAGAAGAAAGAAGAUCCGGACAGAAAGUAUGGAGUUCAAGAUCCACUUCAUGUAUACAAGCUUUGUCCAGAACAUGUAAGACAUGAAACAACGAUGUUCAUGGCUGAAACAGAAGAAGCAAAACAAAAUGUUCAGAUGAUGCAACCAAUAGAUGUUGAAGAAGAUGAAUUUGAUGGAGAAGACGAGAUCUGCAAUGAGCCAAGGACAAGUCAAAGAAUUGUGUCUACUCAACGA